UAGCCAAACUGCGUCCUGAAGCGGUGUUUUAUUAUAAACACAGAAGCUGUGUAGAGCAUUCGUCACAUCAAGGUCAUAAAGAUGAUCCAUGAAAGCUGAUUGACAACAAAAUACACGAGAUGAGCGAGAGAAAAUGUCAAAUUAGACCCGGAGACAAAACUCCUGUUCAUCCCUGGUAUAAAGAAAGACUCCGGACAAAGUGCCUGAAGGACCCAGUUCAGAAGCUGCAGCUCUCUGGAGCCCUGAACGGACAUAGAUGGCGCUUUUUGACAGCAGGACUUGAUGAUUUUAGAGAUGGCUAUCCUGUACCCGAAGCGGGGACUUUUACACAGCCUCAGCGUAGAACUGAAGCUGUCAUUUUUGGCCUGUCCCCUACAUCACAAAAAUCACCAAAAAGACGCUUUACCAAAGAACAGGCAUGCUUCUCCAAACAAAAUUGCCUUCAGAAGACACGGCGACAAUUUGUGGAUGCAGUGGAGCAAAGCUUGAGCGCACACCCGCUUGCUCUCUAUCCACAUUUAGGAAGUGGCAUGGCACCUGAGCUGUUUGAGGAUGUCUUAUCUGUCCUGGAUCCAGCCAUGCAUGUCAGGACUGAGACACCUGUGGCCAAAGAAAAUCUGAAGCCAUGUGAUGGUCUUAAUCAAGAUGCUUUAGAGCAGCCCACAAAACUACCUAACAGUCCAGUUUCCAGGCAGGAUAAGGUACGAACCCCUAUUUCUCGUAAUCCCUAUAAAUUGAGGGAAGCUAAGGAGAUUGAGGCCAAAAAAGACCGGACAAUUAGCGACAAAAGCUUCCACUCAACUUCUCCUGGUGAAGAGGUCAAUACAGUCACCAAGCUCUUCUGUGAAUGGGUCGCCUCACUGGGUGAGGAGACCAAUGACAUCACAGAGUCCACUAUUCUGAACAUGUUUGCCAGUAGCUGUGAAAAAAAGCCUAUAAUAACAUUCCAGGAUGUUGGAACCAAUGAAAAACCAGAGGAACUGUCUAAGGACUAUUCACAGAACCUGCAACUGAAAGACAGAGAGCUGAACAAGGUGUGUACACCUAGUAAAAAAACUAGGUGUAUGGUGUAUGGUGCAUGGUAUUUAAACCCUAAAACAUGGAAGAAGCGGCCUGCAAACGAGCCGCUAAGAGACCCUUCAGUGACUGAGGAUUCUGAGCUUGAGCAGCAGUCCAAUGAGAAGGAUGAAGAAUUGAAACAGACUCAUGGUGCUCAGGCCUUCAGGCAGUUCGUCAUCACUAAAGGAUUGAGAGUUCCCAGGUUUCUCAGUGCGCUUUUUUCUGAGGAGGAGCAAGAGAACAGGACCAGAGGACUAAAGGGCAACAGCUUCAACAAUGACACGCUCAGAAAAUGCAGUGCUUUAAAUACACCUCAACUAUAAUUC